CGGGUGGGGCCAUUCAUUCUCUCAUUCUUCGCUUUGCUCGUCUUUGUUGGGUCACUGGCGGCGCCGGUUCCGUUGCCGACCUCUCUACUAUUGCUCAAGCUUUUCUAUUCUUCUUAUUUUUUGCCCCGGCCUCCCUCGAUCCAUGGUCAGCGGGAGGAAGCAAGCUCGAUCCUCGAUUGUCACACAGGUUGGGCCGCUGAUCCUAGCGCCAAAGGGGCUUACACAGCUCACCAUGUAGGUAGCAGUCGAGUUAGCUUAUUCUUUUCAGAGGAGCUCCGGCCAUGGCUGCGAGGUCGAGAUCCCCGAUGCGCUACAAGCCGCCCACCUCCGCGGCGGCCAAUGGAAAGCCCCCGGUUCUUCCGUCGCUGAAUUCAGGAUCUAGGCAGCCGCCAUCGUCCACUGUUGCUAGAGCUUCGUCGCUCCCUCCUCCGCCCAGAAUGCAGGCCCUCCCCAAGCUCAACAGCCCCAGCUCCACGCUCUCGGCUUCGUUCUCCUCCUCCUCCACCACCACCACAUCAUCGUCCUCCGACUUGGGCAGCGGCACCACCAAAUUCAACAAGGAGAAUGUCACUGUCACCGUGCGAUUUCGACCUCUCAACUCCAGAGAAAUUCAAAAGGGUGAUGAGGUUGCGUGGUACGCCGACGGGGAUACGUCUGUUUGCAGCGAAUACAACGCCUCUACGGUUUAUGCGUUUGAUAAAGUGUUUGGACCAGCAACAACGACGCGAGGUGUUUAUGACAUUGCAGCUCAACAGGUUGUUAGUGGCGCGAUGGAGGGAGUUAAUGGAACUGUCUUUGCGUAUGGAGUCACCAGCAGCGGCAAGACACAUACAAUGCAUGGCGAUCAGAAAUCUCCAGGAAUUAUACCUUUGGCAGUGAAGGACGUAUUCAAUAUAAUACAAGAGUCGCCAGGAAGAGAGUUCCUCUUGCGGGUGUCCUAUCUCGAGAUUUACAACGAGGUUAUCAACGACUUGCUCAACCCAGCUGGACAAAAUCUGAGAGUUCGGGAGGAUUCUCAUGGCACAUAUGUGGAGGGUAUAAAAGAAGAAGUUGUGUUAUCUCCUGCUCACGCACUCUCAUUGAUUGCCACCGGAGAAGAGCAUCGUCAUGUUGGAUCCAACAACCUCAACUUGAUGAGCAGCCGGAGUCACACGAUUUUUACUCUGACUGUGGAGAGCAGUGCGCGAGGAGAAGGAAGUCGAGAGGAGGAAGUUACUCUUUCUCAACUCAAUCUUAUCGACUUGGCCGGUUCUGAAAGCUCAAAGGCGGAAACAGUUGGCUUGCGAAGGAAGGAAGGCUCCUACAUUAACAAAAGCUUGCUAACACUUGGCACGGUAAUAUCCAAAUUGACAGACGGGAAAUCUUCUCAUAUACCUUACCGGGAUUCUAAACUAACAAGGCUUUUGCAAUCGUCCUUGAGUGGCCACGGGCGUGUGUCGUUAAUCUGCACAGUCACACCUGCAUCAAGCAGCAAUGAGGAGACACACAACACCCUCAAGUUUGCUCAUCGUGCCAAACAUGUGGAGCUUCACUCUUCCGCGAACAAGAUUCUUGAUGAGAAGUCGUUGAUCAAAAAGUACCAGAAAGAGAUAACAAGCCUAAAACAAGAGCUGGAGCAGCUACGGAAAGGCAUGGUUGGAAAACCAUUUGUGGAAGGCACAAACGAUGACGUCAUCCAACUUCGUCAACAGUUGGAAGCUGGACAAGUCAAGCUACAAUCGCGGCUCGAAGAAGAAGAGCAAGCCAAAGCUGCAUUACUGGGCCGGAUUCAGAGGCUCACCAAGCUUAUAUUGGUGUCUACAAAGAACACCAUUCCAAAUCUUCCAGAUCGUCCCACACACCGCCGGCGAUAUUCUUUUGGAGAGGAAGAGCUUGCAUAUCUACCCGAUAAAAGACGCGGGUUUAUUGGCGACGAAGACGACGAACUUGAUGUCGACUUGCCGGAAUUAUCAUCGGAUGGGAAAUCAGAAAGUGCAAACGGCGAUGAUGUUCACAAGGAUGACAAGAAGCCGAAGAAGCGCGGAAUGCUUGGAUGGUUCAAAACCAAGAAACACGAGCAACUUCACAGCCGCACAGACUCCGACAUCCCUUCUCCAACCGGACGUUUAGAUGACAACACGGCCACGAAGCGAAAGCCCCUCAUGAGAGUAAAAAGCGACGAGCUUGCAGAUGCUUUUCUGGAGCCUACUCAAGCUGGUGAACUCUUCAGUGCUGCGGUCUACGGUCGAAGGCCCCCACCUACGGGAACCACAAUGGCGGACCAAAUGGAUCUUUUGAAAGAGCAAGUCAAGAUGCUUGCUGGCGAAGUCGCAUUCUGCAGCAGUUCACUCAAGAGGCUAUCCGAACAGUCUGCUUUGACACCAGAUGAUGGAGAUAUUCAAGUUCAAAUGAAGAGACUUAAGGAAGAAAUUUCUAUGAAGAGGCAACAAAUGCAGGUAUUGGAGCGAAGGAUUUUAGGAAGUGUAGAAAAUGCGCCUGCCAACACGCAGCAAUUGUCCCAGACGAUGAUGAAGCUUACUAGUCAAUUAAACGAGAAAUCUUUUGAGCUGGAGAUAAAAGCAGCAGACAACCGCAUUCUGCAAGAACAACUGCAAUCCAAGAACGUUGAGAACACUGAACUGCAAUCUACAAUCCACUCCCUCAAACAACAGCUUCAGCAAGCUGUUGCCGAGAAAAAAGCGUCCAUUCACAAGAAAGCUGGAUCUGAUAGCCACAAGAAAGGGCAUAGUUUCUUCGAUUCGGAAGAAACUAGCGAGUGGCUGAAUGACGUUGACUUGUCCCGGGAGCUGAGAAUGGUUGAGAACGGAGGUGACGCUAACUUUGCCCAAGGCUUUGCUUCAAAGAUUAUUCCCGGAGCUGGCUUUCCUCUGCAAUCUCAGCUGUUUUCACAGGUGAACGAGAUUGAAAAGUUGAAGCUAGAAAAGACGCGUUUGGCCGAAGAGAAGACUAUGCUGGAAGCCAAAGGCCAAAAGCUUAUGGACGAGGCAGCGUACGCGAAAGAGCUUGCAACGGCGGCUGCUGUGGAGCUCAAAGGCUUGGCAGAGGAAGUAACCAAGCUGUCCGCUCAAAACGCAAAGCUCUCGACUGAGGUGGAGGCUCUCCGCUCGAAAGCUGCCGGCGAAGAGAAGACUAGAAGGGAGGGCGUGAGCAUGGAUCAAGAUAUGAUCCAGCAGCUGAGAACUGAGUUAUCAGAGGCUAAACGGAAGGUGGCGAGCUUGGAACAGAACGAGGCCACUCUAAACAGGAGAAUCGAAGAAGGGAAGGAGCGGGAGGCGGACUUGGAGAAUGAUCUCGCAGGAAUGUGGGUUCUGGUAGCAAAGGUGAAGCAAGAGAAAGAACGAGACGAGUUCGAGAUCCUAGGCAACGGGAAUGGCUUAGAGUCCGGGCUGCUCACUUCUAAAAACAAUGCACACGUCGAGGACGAGAGCCCAGUCGAGGAGUUGCAAUGCCAACUUGAAGCUGCAAGAACCAAAGUGGCAGAACUGGAGCUCGGGAACUCCCAACUCAAAGGAGAGAACUUGGAAAGCUUGGACCUUUCAGCCCUUGAAAGUCUCCAAAAUUUACACGUUGAGGCUUUGACAAGACUGUGCCAGGCCAAGACCAAGGCGCAAGAAAGGCUUGAGAGAGAGAAGCGACGAAGCAUGGAAGAGCGAGCAUUGUCAAGAUCCCAAGCGGACUCACUGUCAAGUAUUGGGGUCCAACACUUGCUGCUCGAGGAAGAAAGGAAUGGCCACGUCUGUAAAGUCUGCUUCGAGGCCCCCACUGCCGCUGUUCUCCUUCCCUGUCGCCACUUUUGCUUGUGCAAAUCGUGUGCAAUUGCUUGCACCGAGUGCCCUCUCUGCAGAAGCGGGAUCACAGACAGGAUAAUCACAUUCACGUAAGGAAAAAAAAACCAGAAAAAAAAAUCAAGAAGUUUUGGAUUGAGCGUCACGAACAGCCAUACUUUACAGUAGCGCAGUAAUUCUUCUACACAGAUGAGAGUUCCCAUAUCAGAGGAGCUCGUUUUACCGAUUGCGUGUAACACCAGAAACAUUGAAAGCAAGAAAAGAACACACUCGAAUUCUUACCGUGGUGAAA